CUUUUGAAUCACCUAAUCUCAUAUCAAACAACCAAGUUUCCGGAAAGGAACUAUCUCUCGAGUCGCUCCAAUCAUUAGAAAAAGAUAAUCCGAGAUUAUCAGAUACAUGUGCAUGUUGUCGUAGAGAUAAAAAAAGAUGCGAAUAUAAUGGAAUGCCGGGAGCUCUCAGGUGUGCAAGAUGUAGAAUGAAGAAAAGGCAGUGUUUAUUCCAAUGUGCGGAAUGUCAUGAGAAUAGUAGUGUAGAUAAGGCUACGCUUCAUUGUGUGAAUUGUAAGGCAACUGUGGAGGAUCCACCUGUUGACUACAACUUUGUUCAAGAAAAUGAUAAAAUAUAUCUGAAAUUAGAAAAUAAUGACAUUAAAAUCGAAAUUACGCAUGAACUUUUGAAAUUGCAAAAAUUUGAACAAAAUUUUACACCGAGCUCAACUCAAUCUUUCAACGUUGACUUCCCAGCAAAUAAUAAUGCGCCAAGUGUUAUGCCUGAUACGUGUCCUUCAGCUUCUUAUCUCCCAGUCUAUAAUGAAGCAUCUAACAUUUGCAUUCAACCUAUUAUUUUGCAAGGCAGUUACUUUAUAUCGGAUGCAUAUCAGCAACAGACU